UAAAUACUUUAUUAUUCAACGAAGACGGUUUUAUAAAAAUCGUCUUAGAAGACUGACAUUCUAAGAUAGUUUUAAUAAAACUAUCUUAGAAGUGAAUGGUUGCGACUUCGAGCUUUAAAACCCUUUUUCCUUCGAAUUUUGCUAGACCCGUACUUGCCCACACUCACACACUCACAAACCCUAACCACGACACCACCACAUUCUUUCGCUUUCCCUUCCCUUCAGCCAUGCCCGAAUCAUGGGACCCACCACAUAACCGUCGUCGACCUCGUCACCUCCUUAGCUAUGCACCACUCAACACUGUGAACCUCGGUGCUACGUUGGGUAGACCCAAAAAACCCCACAUUCAUGAAAUCCUUAACGUACAUACCCACAUCGAGAUCCAUCUUCAAAAUCAGAUCUUUUGGCCGAACAUUUAAGUACGAGACAAACGUGCAACCCUUUGGAGGUUGAGGAAGCUGUCGGGGUUGUUGACGGUGGAGAAGUCCAGCGACAUGAUGAAUGCGAGGCCACCACAAACGGAGGAGGGGUUGAGGUUGGUGAUGGAGGGUAUACACAUUGGGGUCAUCUCCAGCCAUAAUGACGAGAAUCUUCUCCUUGUACACCUUAAUUGAUUCCUUGUUUGCAAAGUCACCCUGUUUCUCACCACUAACAACAUUUUCCAAGUCCCUUUCAGUGUUUUCUUCGUUCAGUAACUGACCAGAAAAUUUCCAGUAGGAGCAGGCUAAGAUCAAAAGCGCAAAGGCUAUAAGAUCGAGCAUUGUAGCCAGUCCUCCAAACAGGUAUAGAACCAGAGAGUGCCAUGUCGAGGAGUGUUGAGAAGGACUUGUUGUUAACGAUGAUGUGGUGGUUGUGGGUGCUAUUGUAGUUGAGGUUGUUGUGGGGAUGGUUCUCAUUUUGUUUUAGGUUAGAAAGUUGAAAAGUGUGUUUGUGUGAGUUAUUUGCCUUCUAUUUUAUGUCAUAGACUUGGCCCUAUUUUGUUGUUGCAGCAUAUAACUUGCAGGGUAAGGUGGUUUGUGGUAGGGUACCCCUUAACUCUUUAUAGUAUUGACCAAUUUCUAUCUAAUACAUCAUGUUAUUAACUCUCUUUUUAUUCAUUUUUUUUUAAAACUCUUCUUACAAAUUGAAAUCAUAAAUAAACAUAAUAAUAAUUUGGUAUUAUGUAAACCCAUUAGAUACAUUUGACACAGUCUCUUCCUUCUUAUCGGGGAUGUGGCAGACGGUGCUAUCAUUGUUAGAGAAGCUUGAGGUGUUAUAUUUGAUCCGUAAGUGACUUUAAUUAGAUGUUGUUGUUCUCAACAAGAUAAUAUGUUAUGUUGUUCUAGAGUGUUUGAAUUGUUAGGUAGUAAGUAUGCUAUUUUUUUUUACCUGCAUGGAUCUUCGUCUUGUGGGCAUUUAUGUAGAUAUCGUUGGAUGGGCAUGCAAUGUGGGAAGAAAUUUUAUGCGCUAUUGGCAGUCCUUUAUAUAUAUGCUUCAAAGAUUGAGGCUGAGUUACCAGUCAAUGAUGUUGAUAUAAGGCUGAGGCAAGCACAAGAAAUCAUAGAAGAACUACUCAAACCCAUGGUAUUUCCUUAUAGUUUUAAAGCUCUGAAUAUUACUUAUUAUUUUGCAUUAGCUAACUUGUUUUACAUGGAUGAAGUACAAUGGUUUGUAUGCCAAUUUAACAGGAAGCAUCUAGUUUGAUAAUGCAAACUUCAUGUCACUGUGCAUUUUGGAGGCAUGCCACAUAACUUAUUUAUAAUCAUUUAGUUAAAGUUAGAGUUUCACUUUAAUAAUAUACGUAAUACUGAAAAGUCUGUAUAAGAUAUUGGAGUGAAACUUUAAUUUUUAAUUUUUAAUUAGAGAAUUAUAUGAAAAGCAUGUAAAGAAUUGCGUCUAAAUUUUUUAGCAAGUCUCAUUUAUAGCCUCAAUGUCUCUUUAUCUCUUACAUGAGAUAGUGCAGCUGGCUAGAGAGGAUCCAAAUCAAUGAUUAAUGAGUAGAUACAUAUUAAUUAUGUUUGACACUUUUUGCUAAUCCAGUGGGGACAUGGACUCAAUGGUGUCUGUCACAACAACAAGAUAUGCCCUUGCACAGCUUAAGUUGUCAACUAAAAUACCAUGGUAUCUUUGGUAUGUCAAAAAUCAGAUGAAGUUACUGAAUCACCAGGAAAAUAUCGUAGUAGGAUGGAGAAAGAGGCAAUUGAGGGCAAGGGGAUGAAUGAAGUUCAAGAGCUAAAGGAUAACCUUCUACGUAGAUAUAGCGGUUAUAUUAUUAAUCUGAAGCAUGAAAUUUCCAAAAAGAAGAAGAAAGAAAAACUGCCAAAAGAAGCAAAGCAAAUCUUACUUGCAUGGUGGAAUAUUAACUGUAAAUGGCCAUACCCAACGAAGCAAGGGUCACACAAAGAAUGCAAAGCAAACAAUCUGCACGGUCAUAUAUUUGAUCCUUCACCACGUUGGUCGUCGACGAGGAGAUUCUUCACAUCAAGUCAUGGUGAAAAACGUACGUUGCGCAUGUGGCAAUACCCAAAGUCACGCAAUUUCUCUAUAUCAACAACAAAAUCUUGGACAAGCUAUUGACCUGGGUGACCACCUAUGCGCCUUAUGAUCUUAAAAUAGAUAACAUACGCUCCACAGUGUCGUCAGUGUGUUCUCCGUCAUUGCACUUGACACCUUCAGAACAUUGCUCAGCACUAGCCGCAUAUAUAUAUCUCCUCCCUUUCCCUUUACAAGGUUGCCUUCAGAAGAAUGCACAAAGGGAUUGGAUACUUUACUUUUCAUGUGGAAUAUAUUACUUGCCAUGAUGGAUUUGUGCCACUCUAUUUAAAAAGUAAUUUAUCUAACCAUUGGACAAACUUUCCCAUGGUGAGGGACUUCUUUUGGUCUCCAACCCUAGCCACCAUCUUCAUUAUGUACGAAAUCCUUGUAGUCAAGUAGACAAAGGACCCUGAAUUUCGUUAUACGUAGUUUUAAUUGAGAUAAUAAGUAUGCAUUCGAUCUUUUCUUGAAA